UUCAUCAAAUUAUGCACAAACCAAAAAUAACAAGAUCGAAUGAUCACAAGAAGAACAAGAGAAAAAACGAAGACGCAUCAUUUGAAGCUGUUAGUUUUGUACUCAGAUAUAAGAGAGAUAUCGAAUCAGGAAAUAUUCUGAUAACUCAGCAUUUUAAUGAAAAGAUCAUCUCGCCUGGUGAAGACGUAAGCCUACAGUGUACGGCAACUUCAGAUAGACCGCCUCGAUUCAUUUGGGAGAGAGAUGGAGUUGUUAUCUCGUCGAAUACAGAUUCCAGACAUAUUCUUGGCCAAAUGAUGUCUUCAACGGGUAUCGGUGUUAUAUCUCACUUAAAUAUAUCACGGGUAAGAGUAGAAGAUGGAGGCUUGUAUUCUUGUAUAGCAUUUGAAGGCGAUUCCACCACAAGACACACAGCUAGAAUAGAUGUUUACGGUCCACCUUACAUCAGAACACUUCCACCGAUCAAAGUUCAAAGUGGUGAUUCCCUGAAACUAAAAUGUCCGUACUAUGGAUUUCCUAUCAGCAAACUCGAAUGGGAGCAUAAAGGAAAGAAAAUCAUGAGUUCAAUGUUACCCCAACACACAAGAUAUAAACGUACAAAUAUUAACAAUAAAAAUCGUAAAAACACAAGAAAAAGACGAAGGAAACGACAGUUAUUACAAAGUAGUGAAGAUGGUGUGCUCAAUAUAGAAAGAGUUGUUAAGGAGGAGAACGGUGAAAUGUAUACUUGUAUAGUAUAUAGCCCAUCGGGAGAAAUGGCUAGAAGGUCAUUUGAAAUACAAGUAGUCGAAGCACCUGAAUUAGAUGAAUUACGCGUCGGUUCAGGAUUGAAAGAAGGACAGAUUGUACAAAUAACAUGUAACAUUAUUAGUGGAGAUCCACCGAUUUUCUUCUCUUGGCUCAAGGAUGGUACGAAGAUACCUGCCAGUUUAAAAAUAACUGAAAGAAGUUCGGAACUGUUCAGCGUCUUGAUCAUAAAGCGAGUUUCUCUCGAACACUGCGGUAGAUAUACUUGCAUAGCUACUAACCACGUUGGAAAAGUUAAUCAGACUACAGAUUUGUAUAUAAAUGUUGCUCCAAAAUGGGUAGAGGAACCGACGAAUACGUCACUCCUGUUGGGACAACGCGGGAUCGUAGAUUGUAAUGCUAAUGGCUAUCCCACACCACAGAUACACUGGAUGAAGAGGGAUGCUGCUCUCGGUAUUUGGCGUCCUAUUCUCGACCUAGCUGGUGGUGGUGUUUCGAGUUAUCCCAAUGGCUCGUUAUCCUUGGAAGUGGUUUCUUUAGGUGAUGAAGGCGAAUACGCGUGUCAUGUUGACAACGGUGUUGGAGAUCCAUUGCAUAAGAAUUUAUGGAUAAGUGUUAAUAAGCCGGUGCACUUUGAGUCUGUAGGAUUGAACCUAACUACCAAGAUGGGGCUACCAAUGGCUCUAACUUGCCAACCAUUGGGAGACAGCCCAAUAAGGAUCAAGUGGAGUUUGAGUGGGAAUCCUGUUGAAUUUACGUCUUCAAGGAUAACGAUAUCAGAGAGUUCAACAACAAAUGGUAUGAAGAGUAUCAUAAAUAUAAACUACGUUGAAAGUAGAGACGGAGGGACUUACGAGUGUAGAGCGAGCAAUCCUUAUGGUGUUGCUACGUUUAAUAUUCACCUGAAUAUACUUGAACCUCCGACCCCUCCAAUGGAUCUCCAAGUGGAUUCCAUCACAAGUUCAUCAGUAAAAUUAUCUUGGCGUGACACGAUCAUGAUUCACGUCCAAUACUAUAGUCUUCAGUACUCAUCUAACCACUACACCUUAUGGGAUACGGCGAAAACGAUAAAUAUUACCAGGCAAGAAAAUGAUAUACGGCAAAGCGUUGAGCUGCGUGAUCUCCAGCCGGCAGUCGAUUACAGAGUGCGUGUCGCGUCUGGGAACCAAGUGGACUUGAGCCCUUACACACAACCAGUGCACUUCACCACUUUGCAAGAAGCACCAUCCUCAAGCCCUCUAGGAGUACAAGUUCAACAGACGGACAACCCUGGGGAACUAUUCGUAUCAUGGAUACCUCCAGCUCGUGAGACUCACAACGGCGCUCUACAAGGAUACCACGUUAAAGCUGUACCAAGAAUUAAUGGCGAAUCAGGCACAAAUGACUCUCAAACGAAAAUUGUGAAAGUAGUUUCUAGGAAAGGAAAACAGGAGACUGUACUGAGUGGUCUUUUAAAGAAUGCCAGGUACGCGGUUUCUGUAAGUGCUUUCAACUCAGCUGGAAAUGGACCAUUUUCUUUACCGGUUUAUCAGACCACAAGAGAAGGAGCGCCCGAGGCGGCGCCGGCGGGCGUGCGCUGCGCGGGCGCGGCGCCGGCCGCCGUGCGCGCGGCGUGGCGCCCGCUGCCGCGCGCCGCGCUGCUCGGGUACGCGCUGCUGUACUGCGCCGACGACGGUCCUUGGAUCAACAUCACUACACCACACACGGAGUUAUAUCUGCAAGGUCUAAUGAAAUAUACAAAUUACACGAUAAAGGUCGCCGGAUUUUCAAACUACGGUCUUGGUCCAUUCUCUUAUCCCGUUGUUUGUACAACUCUACAAGACAUUCCUGGACCUCCGUCAGCUAUAAAAGCCCUAGUAUCAUCUUCGACCUCUAUUCUUGUCAGUUGGAAGAAACCUGAUCAGCCCAAUGGAGAAAUCACUCAUUAUACUGUUUACGUCAAGCCUGUUACGAGCACCAACGCUCCACAAAGUUAUCGAGUAGAAUCGACGCAAGAGUCCAACCUGUCCCGUCAGCUGACCUUCCCACUGCCAGGUCUCACAACUGGCAUGCAAUACGAAGUAUUCGUCAGAGCGCAUACAUCAGCUGGUGAAGGUGCCCCUAGUGCAAGGGUCCAUGUAGAAGUUAGUGCAAGAGUGGUGGCGGGCGUGUCGUCGCUGGGCGGCGCGCUGUCGGCGGGCGAGGGCCGCUCGCUGCUGCUCGUGUGCCAGUGCGUGGGCGCGCCGCCGCCGCGCACCGUGUGGUACCACAAGCACAACAUCAUCACGCACCACCCGCGGUUCACCAGGAACCACGACGACAGUCUUCUGAUUAACAACAUAGAUCAAUCUUUAAGCGGUAACUACACUUGUCUGGCCAAGAACUUAUAUGGAUCAGACUCAGUAUCAUAUGAAGUCUCGGUUCUACCAACUCCCGAACCUCCAAUAUUGAGAAUCACUCCACACAAAAACGCCUUACACUUACAAUGGGACCAGCCAAGGAAGGUUGGAGGCAAAAAUCAGAAGAUAACUUACGAGCUAACAUGGAAAGAAGCAAAUGGGCCCUGGCAGGAAACAUGGGCGGAUAAGGGGACUACUAUACAGGGGGUUCAGGAAUACAUGCUAGAUGGGCUGAAGUGUGGCACGAAGUAUUCAUUGAGGAUGACAGCUGCCAAUAGCGUCGGUGUAUCGCAACCAGCUUAUGUCGAUGCUAUGACUUUAGGAGGAGUUCCAAUAGCUCCCACGACGACAGAGUGGUUCUGGAGUAAUUCCAGCCACGUCUACAUCCAGCUAAGUGGCUGGGACGACAACGGCUGCGAGAUCACGAGAUGGGAGGUCGACUACAAGGAAUAUGGAAGCAAAGUGUGGAAACGAGCUGAAAAUAGAUUGCCGGCGCCGGCGCCGUGGGCGUUCGGCGCGGCGCGCGGCGCGGCGGGCGCGGGCGCGCUGCGCGCGGCGCGCUGGUACCGCUGGCGGGUGCGCGCCGCCAGCAGCGCCGGCGACACCACCGCGCUCUACGACUACGCCACCACCACCGAGCGCGGAGAAUCGAUUGGUCCACCCACGGACUACUUCGACAUCAACUUGCUGGUGAUCGUGUGCAGCUCCAUCUUACUCUUUCUCUGUUUGGUGACGUGUGUCUACAUUCUAAUUAAGCGACACAACCACCAAAGAUUAACGGAAUACAGAAACUCAUUAACCGGAGAAUGUAAGUCAGAACGAAGUAACGCGACCGUCAACACGCCGCAGAGCGUCCCGGCGGAAGUCAACAACAGAGUGUACAGCACGCCCGUACAUCUCACGGCUGACAAUAAACAUGAACUAUACGAGAUAAGUCCGUACGCGCAGUUCGCCAUCGGCUUCCGUACGUUCGGUCACGUGGACAACCAAGAAGCGCCGAGACGUGGAAAGCGAUACGACAGCGAAACGAGUUUUCAAAUGAGAUCAGAAUCAGAAGAGAGCGAUUGCGUGUCGCGAACGACUACAUUGAAAAGUGCGCCGAGAAAAGGAUGCAGAGUACCACAUCACAGGUAGCUCUGCAAGAAUCUACAAACGGAAUGAAAAAUUUGUUAAAAUAUUACUAUAUGUUAAAAAUUAUCAAAC